ACUAGGGGUUUAAUGAUAGAUCAUAACAUAUGAAUUUUGAAACUUACCCAUUUUUUUUAAUUUUUUUUAUAGACUAUAACUCUUCAAUGGCAGAAAUUAAGAACAGAAGAUAAAACAUUGGAUCUUGAUCGCCUAUCCGGAAUGAAGCUAUGUGCAUCGUUCAAGAAACUCUGUAAAGUCUUUUCUGUCAUUUUUGCGACUUUCUCCCUGGUCUACUUGAUAUACAUUAUCGUGUUUGUAAAAGUUGGUUUGCCUAAUGGUUCCUUCACCUUCACCCUCCUCAAAUCAACAACGUCAAAAUAUCCAGUAUGUAAGCCCAACGUAAUACAAGAUACCAUUGUCAAAGUCAAAAACAGUAAAACCUUCCUUGUAUCGGCCUACUUGGACUUUCGUUCUAGCAGGAUUGUCCGAAUUUUGGGCAUAACCUAUCGAAAUGAACCCGAUUCUUUGCUGUGUGACUUUUGUCAAAUUUACACAAAUAUCUGCAUUUUGGCAGAGCAUCAAGUCCACACUGACCAUUUUGAUUUUCCUUAUGGUACAACAGAUCUUCUAUGCAACGUUCAGGGCAACGUAGCCCCUGAAUACGUAUCUCUGUACCCAAAGGACAACCCUGAACCUGUAUUCCUUAAAAUACAAAACAUUGAUGAACAGUUUAAUGUAUUAGAGCCUGAUUUCCAGUAUAACUUUAUUAUUUGCAUCUCAGCCAUGUUUGGUGCCUACAGCAAUGAACUUCAGUUUAUUCAGUCAAUGGAGAUGUACCGCAUGUUGGGUGCCCAAAAAGUGAUCAUUUACCACACUGAAUCUAGUCUACAUAUGCAGAAAAUUCUGUCUUAUUACAUAGACUUGAACUUUAAAUCACCUGCGGUCUUGAAAAUAAACGGUACACUCCUGCAAUUACAUGAUACCACAAUAAAGAAAAAGAGUGCUUGA